UUUUUUUUAAGGUAAUGAGAUAUAACAGCAAAGUACAGUGUCCCUCAUCAGUAGCCUACCACAGAGGUUUAACAAAUGUUGCCGUUUUGUACUGACGCCUUGUUCUAGGUUGGUGGGCGCUGGAGUCCAGUUACUACAGAACAUCCGAGAGGACAGCAGUGCUUUCACUAAUGGGGUCCUGCUCACAUGAUCGGCACAGACACUAUACCCCACUUUGUAUGUUUGCCUGGGAGACAGCCUAAGGAGACCGAGGCUCUGCUUCAGCUGGGGCUCAUAUCUCUGCUUCCUCCCCUGCCUCAGUCGUGUUACCUGGGUGUGUGAAGACAAGGUCUCUGUAGCUUUGGCUGUUCUGCAACUAUGUAGACCAGACAAGGCUCAACCUCAGAGACCCGCCAGCCCUGGGUGUGUUAUUCUCCUAUCAGGUACAAUGGGCUGCUUGUCAUUAUCCUUAGACUCACACGUGUUGGGGGGGGCAUAGAAAACUAGGUGCAGAAACUUCGCUGGGCUUGCUGCAGGAGACGCCAGCUCUUUCGACAUUAGCUGAACUGGCGCCUCCCCACCCCUUUCUCCCGGCCGCGCUGGGGGCGGGGUGGCAAAAAUGUUUCUGUGACGUCAGCACGCGCAGGGCCAAUCCCCCUGCCCGGGAGACGUUAAAUCGUUUUCAUGGGUCGUCAGUCAUUGGUCUGUUGGGCCGUCUGGGCUGUACCAGCUUUUUAAAGGCGCCGCGUAACGGAACAGAAAGCUGGAGAGUCGAGGUGGGCUAUGAGGUCAUCGCUGGCCUGCAGGGCUUGGGAGUGACGUCAUCUUUGGGAAGCGUGCGGGCCGGGCUGAGGGCGGUCCUCUCACCUUGGCUACGUGAGAGGCUGCGGGCCCCACAAAGGCCGCGGCCAUAAGAAGGGUGUGAACCCUGGCCCAGCCCCUCUAUCUCCCUGCCCCCCUGAUGAGACCAUGGGCCCUGGCAGUGACUAAGUGGCCACCCUCUGCCUCUGUGGGUCACUGGCAAUUCGCUACAAGACCUAGCAGCAGUCCAGGCCAGCUCUGGGGAAGAAGCCUUGGCCACGAGGGGCCCCUAGCCAGCCCACCCGCCCAGGAUGAGCACUUACCCUCCCAGCAGCUGUUGCCCCAACCAUCACACUUCUCUGUAGAGGAGCACCGAGCCUCAGCUCCUGCCGGCAGGAGCCCCCGAAUGCUGCACUCAACCACCCAGCAGAGCCCGUUCAUGGUUGAUCUCCACGAACAAGUGCACCAGGGACCUGUCCCUCUGUCCUACACAGUCACCACAGUGACCACCCAAGGCUUCCCCUUGCCUACAAGCCAACACAUCCCUGGCUGCAGUACCCAGCAGCUCCCAGCAUGCUCCGUGAUGUUCAGUGGGCAGCACUACCCCCUCUGCUGCCUCCCACCUCCACAGCUGAUCCAGGCGUGUACCAUGCAGCAGCUCCCUGUGCCCUAUCCCACCUACCCCCACCUCAUCUCCAGUGACCACUACAUUCUUCACCCCCCACCGCCGGCCCCACCGCCCCAACCCACCCACAUGGCACCGCUUGGGCAGUUUGUAUCCCUGCAGACCCAGCACCCACGGAUGCCCCUGCAGCGGCUGGAUAGUGAUCUGGACCUUCGAGGGGAUCAGCACCCCUUAGGGAGCUUCACUUACUCCACCUCGGCCACUGGCCCAGCCUUGUCGCCCUCAGUGCCCCUUCACUACCUACCCCACGACCCACUACACCAGGAACUGUCCUUCGGUGUGCCAUAUUCCCACAUGAUGCCACGAAGACUGAGCACGCAGAGAUACCGCCUGCAACAGCCGCUGCCACCUCCACCACCCCCACCACCGCCACCAUCUUAUUACCCAAGCUUCCUACCCUACUUCCUUUCAAUGCUGCCAAUGUCACCAACCACCAUGGGCCCCACCAUCAGCCUGGAUCUGGAUGUGGAUGACGUGGAGAUGGAGAACUACGAGGCUCUCCUGAACCUGGCUGAGCGGCUGGGAGAUGCCAAGCCCAGAGGCCUCAGCAAAGCAGACAUAGAGCAGCUGCCCUCGUACCGCUUUAACCCUGACGGCCAUCAGUCUGAGCAGACUCUGUGUGUGGUCUGCUUCAGUGACUUUGAGGUGCGGCAGCUCCUCCGAGUCCUUCCCUGCAACCACGAGUUCCAUGCGAAGUGUGUUGACAAGUGGUUGAAGGCCAACCGGACCUGUCCCAUUUGCCGGGCCGAUGCCUCCGAGGUGCCCAGGGAGGCUGAGUGAGGCUCCACAGCCACCCACAAGAACCCUGCCCAAAGCUCCGGAAACGGGUGGGGGGGGGGGAGGCAGGGAGUGGCCCAGGGAGAACUUUAAGGGAGGGGCCCAGGCCUGUCGCAGCAUUCCCACCUGCAACUCCAGAGCUGGUGCCAGGGUCACCCCUGGAGAAGCCCCUGCAAUAAGCCCCUGCAUUUGCCAAGCUCCAAAGACUUCUUCCCCAGUCUGCCUGCCUGCCUGCCUGCCCGCCAUGGGGCUGCCUGAGUGUCCCCAGCUCAGUCUGCCUCCUACUUGCCCCUGGGUCUUUCUUCCUGCUGGCUCCCCAAGUGUGGUGGCUGGUGUGAUUACCGCCCCCUCCAAAGGGGCAAAGGAGAAACCACCGUGGGUCAGCUGGUAUCUUGUACUGAAGUGAAGUGUUCCUUCUUUGCCCAGGUGGUGCUGCCAGCUGUGUGGGCAGAUAGCAACCAGAGACUAUUUCCUAAGUCCCUGGUCUGAGUCCUCCUGUUGAUUGCAGACAGACUUAGGCAGUCAGCUCUGCCUCUGCUGCUGUGCAGUGUGGGUCUGACUCCACAGGACCCUCACCCCAGGCACAGCAUUCCAGCCCACCCCCAGGCUGGACAGUGUCCCAGCCAGGCUCCUCGAGCAAAUGGGAUGGGCCUCCAAGCUGGAGCAGGAACCAAGCCAAGAUCUGGGCAUGUCCUUGUGUUCCUGGUGCCCCUCCACCAGUGACAGUGUCAGACCCAUGCUCGAUCGUCUCCCUUCCUGUCGUUUGCAUGAAUGUGAGGAACAGCAGUUUUUGUUUAUUCAUUUGGCCCAAAAUUGCGUGUAGGGGGUGUGGAUAUUUUAAAGGUGUUCAGUUUUGUUUGUUUUUUUUUUAAUUAUUAUUUUGUUUUCCUUUUGGUUUAAUAGGAUUGGGUGGGGGCAUAGGGACCAACCGGGACCAAAUGCCCAGGAGGCAGAGUAGGGUCAGGUUGUGCUGCACCAGGCCUCCAUAUGAGUGUGCUGCUGGGACCGUGCUUGGUGGCUGGAAGUCCCAGGGCACAGUUAGGGGUGGGAGGGUGUCUGUGCUCAGCUGAUAACUGCCAUGCACUGUACUGCACAUGUCCCUAGAGCCUGCCGGGACCGUUUGCUCUUCAGGGCAUUUCCACUCCAGCCAGGGCCUGUUGCCCACCUGCCUGGGUGAGUCUUCUCCUGGGAAUCCCAUGAGGACAGGGAUUAGGGAGGAUGUGACCCUCCACCUCAGGGGGCCCCUCCUGGCCUGAUCCCUACCCUCCAAGGUCUGGAGGAGGCUGAUUCCCUACCUUCCUUUCAGGUCCUUUUCUUUUCCUUUCCUACCCACGACUGGGGUUGCUGCCCUGAGUGAACGAACUGCGUGUGGGGCCGGCACAUCCUAGCAGGCAGCCUUUGGCGCCUGCUGCCUCAGGGAUGCUCCAACCACCCUCGUUCUCACACAGCAGCCCUGGCUCCUGUCUCCCACCCCAGCCUGCCAGGGGCCCCAUUGGCCUGGUCCCAUCCCACAAGAACCCAAAGUCUUACUGUAUAUAACUCCAGGUGAUGUUUCUAUAUUUAUAGCAGUGUUGAAAAUCCACGUGUUUUACACAGAGAACCACCUUCUCCAACCCCCUUCCCUUCCUCACCCCAAAAAGGUUUGCAAACCCUCGUGGUUCCUGGGGCAUCAGGAUUGGCUCAUGGAUUGUGUCAGCUGCAGUGAUGAUUCCAACAAGCAGCUACUGGGGGGGAAAUACACCUUUUUUUUUUUAAAUCAUUUUAAAAAGAUUUAUGAAACAAUUACUUAGGAUAUUUGUGAUUUGCCGACCUUGCUGUAGAUGCCAUGUUACCUGUGAUUUCCUGUGCUGGGGGCUUGGCAUUGUUCACUCUUUCUUUACCAACUUCCGGCCUAGGCAUGACAGUGGGCACCUUCCCCCGGCACUGCUGGGCCCAGCGCCUGUGUUUUGUGUUAGA